AUGGACAGAGCGCGGCUUGAGCACCCGUCGAAGAGGGAGGAUUACUUGACAUCCUUCCUCAACUCUUCUUGGGCGCUCAAGUCAGAACAGUUCGGCACCAGCGUCCUCCAAGCUAGUGAGAUAUCCAGAUUGAGGCAUCGAGUCGCGCCACGGGGUAGGCCUCUUCUCGUGGGUAUCAUCGGCUCUGGCAUUAAUAUGGAACUCAUCGAACAGGAAUUAGGGCAGGACUUCGACAUCACUACUGUCCUCUGGAAUAACCCCAACCCUUCCGAAGGAUAUGGAUGCUCUACCCCUCUCCAUCAUGGCUGCGACUUGUACUACUCCCUCAAUGAGGGUGAUGCUAUAUAUGCUCAAACCCCAUUCUCUCACUACGUCACCAACGCCAUCAUUGGGAUGGUUAAAGGAGGAGGGGUCGGUCGAGUAAGGUUCGCAAUAUUGAAGAUAUUCACCUACAGUGUAGAUAGUGGGUAUGAGGAAGGCUAUGUUGAGGACGUACAGGCCGCCUCAGCUUUCUGCAAGGCUAUUGGCUGUGAUGUAGAAUACCAUGCAUACAGUGUUGAUUGCUCCUUCACUCCGAUGCUAUUCGCUCGUUCUGCUGCUGCUGCUGCUGCUGCUGGCGACGGUCUUGAUGCUGAACCGCUCCUCAUGGGAGCCGUAUCGGAGUUCCGUGACAGAUGUCCAUGCGGACUUGAAUGUGGCUCUCCCUCUCUUGUCUGCUCUGUCCACUCUUGUCCUUCAGAUGCUCUAUGCGUCUAUCCCACCUUCGGCAGCGGAACCCUCUGGCCACAUCCAUUGGUCUCCAUCACCAGUGAGCCCCUCUGGCCUAGACGAUUCUAUGUACAUGGCCCAUCAAGCUGCUGGUACAGCAAUGGCAAGCAUGGGUCCAUUGAAGGAGGAGGUCCAGCUGAUAUCUUUGGGUAUCGCAUUGAUGCAGUGAGUCUAUUGAUAGAGGCCAGGACUAGGCGGUGGGUGUGGUUCCCUGAGAUCAGUCCUGGUGCAGCCGAGCCGACUGGUACGAUGGUGACCACCUCGGAUGGAGAUAUGCUCGUGGACAAGGCCCGGAUAGACUUCGGUGAAGGGCUAGAUGAGGCCAGUGGCCUUAUCCUGGCGCCCACCAUCAGCCGCACCUUAUUAUUCCGGACCUCCCUCCCAAUGCACAUCACUCUGAGUAGCGACUCCAGCUCCCCUAUAUGGUGCCAAUCUGCAUUUGCCAUCAAUGCGUCAUCUCUGAACCUCCGACCGUUCGAGAUUGCCUCGGUGUCCAUCGUCUAUCACUCUGAACACGGUAUGGAGGAUGAACAGGACAACUGCUCACUGAUCAUGGCUGAUGGGGAGUCCUCUAUUGGUCUCUCUCUGAUACCCCCAUCGUUACGACUGCCCACCGCCGGAGUAUUCCCGUCUCUUCCCCCACAGGAGCACAUCGUGUGUUCCAACACAACAGGGCGCUACACUCACCUGCCUUUUCCAAUGAAUAUCACCGAGAGUGUUGCUGACAUCCUCGCCAAUGCACGCCUGGUGACGGCAAUUGAUGAGUAUACUCAGUUGGAGGAUUAUCACUUGGGCUACGUUUCCUCAGUAGCCACUUCACUCACUCGGUUGCAGUACACUUUUGAUGAGCUUGAAUGGAUAGACUAUCAUUGGGCACUGGGUGACGGCGUUUGGGUAUCCAGUAGAGGCUAUAUCACUGUUAAUCAUGGGAGAGGCUAUUGGACGGCCUUUGCCUUCAGCGACCCAACGUCGAUGGGAGGCAUCGGAUGUUGGGAUGAUGGAUGGUUGGUCAAUAGAGCGGUACCCAUUGCUGGUAGACCAUCGGUGAUGGCGCCAGCAUUCUUCUUGCAACCUGCUACCACCGCUCGAGACGUCCUCCCGAAUAUCUCGGGACUCCUUCCGAUGUGCCUCAUGGAGCCAGGCCCUCGUAAGCCCAAUACAGUCGUAGUGACAGUUGGCCGAUACCGCGCUGAAAUCGUCGUACGUGCUCCGGGCACAUGGUGGGCGGCUGUCGCAGGGAGCGAAGUCGUCUAUGUUGGAAUGUUCAACCCCAAUACAGCCAUCAAUAUGUCACUAUACGGUAUAACUCAUAGAGAGGAAGGGGAAGUGAGGCUCAAAAAAGACGAUGGUACGAUGGACAUGAAAGUGGCAGAAGCAAACGGCACUACACAAGUCCCUCCCCUACCGCCUGGGAUGUACAACAUUCAAUAUGCCUAUCUCAACCAGACUUUAUCACUGGAGACCACUCUGCAGGUCUUGGGCUAUGAUGAAGUUCUUGUUGAUGAGGCAACUUCCCUCAUCAUGGUGAAGAUGCAUCCCGGAAGUCUAUUCUUAUCGAUGUGGCUGACCCCUCCUGGUCGUCCUGAACAUUGUAUCAGGAUCCUCGAUACGGUGGUGUACUACUCUAAUCCUGCUGCACUCCUACCUCUACCAUGGAUGGGAGGUGUGAGGGGAGUCUGCGUCCUAUGCCGAUCACAGAAGCUUGCUCACAAGGCCGACGCUACCGAGGACCGUGUCGUUUCGUCACCAACGCAGCUUAUCUGUCCUAACUGUAGGCUCCCGUCUAGCUCCCUGAAGGUGGCCUUUGCUAUCCCUAGGCACGUCGGUACCGGUGUAUGCGACGGAGGAAGUGGUAUGUAG